UGGUAAGUUGGGGGGAGUGAGAGGAGAGGCGGAGACGAAGAAGUGAAGAGAAGAGAAGAGAAGGGAUUUGGAUCUGAAAAGAGAAGAUGGGGGGAGGAAUGGAAGCAAACAAGAACAAGUUCAUAGAGGAUUGGGGCACUGCCAGAGAGAAUCUGGAGUUCAAUUUCCGUUGGACUCGCCGCAACCUUGCUCUUGUUGGCAUCUUCGGCAUCGCUAUUCCCGUCCUCGUCUACAAGGGCAUCGUCCGUGAAUUCCAUAUGCAAGAUGAAGAUAAUGGUCGGCCGUACAGGAAGUUCAUGUGAGAGAGUAUGGAGAGUCUUUUGUAAUAAUUCGUCAAGUUAGACCUUGAUAUUAUGAGGCUACAAACCAUGUUUUUUUUUUCCUUAAUUCGCAAAGGCUUGCUUGCUUUUAAGUACUCUAGACCUAUCAAACCUCUCCAUGUUUGCCUGUCUUCAUUCAAAUUUCUGUUAUGCUGUCAACUUGUUACCACCGUGGUUCAAUUAAUAAUAUUUGUGCAAAAACAUGUUAGUAUUAUGUAAAAUUCUGAACAUAACAAUACCUGAUAUGAGCGGUGCAUCAAAUACUUUGUGUAAAAGUAUAUGGUUGAUUUUGUGAAAUAAAUUGACUGGAAUGUGCUAAA